GGGUUGGGUUGGGCCUCCUAUUUAUAGCCUCUGCCUUUGCCACAAUCCGCCGUCUGAGCACAGUGACCAGCGAGCGAUUUAGCGCCACCAGCAGCAAGCGAAACGAGCUAGCUCCUCGUCUCGUCAUGAACGCCGACGCCUCGUCCUCACCGCCUCAGCCGCUGCGCAUCGUCGUCGUCCCGUUUCUCGCCUUCGGCCACCUGCUCCCGUACCUGGAGCUCACCGAGCGGCUGGCGUUGCGCGGCCACCGCGUGUCCUAUGUCUCCACACCGCGCAACCUGGCCCGCCUCCCGCCGGUGCGCCCGGCCGCGGCGCCUCGCGUGGACUUCGUCGAGCUCCCGUUUCCGCGCGUCGACGGCCUCCCAGACGGCGCCGAGUCCACCCAUGACGUACCGGACGAGGACCGGGAGCUCCACUGGAAGGCCUUCGACGGCCUGGCCGCGCCCUUCGCGGAGUUCAUGGCCGCCGCUUGCGCCGACGAGGCCACGAGGCCUCACUGGAUCAUCGGCGACUCCUUCCACCACUGGGCCGCCGCAGCCGCCCUCGAGCACAAGGUGCCAUUUGCGGUGCUUCUCCCGACCGCCGCCCUGCUGGCCUCCCUGCCCGGUCGCCCGCCGUCGGAGCCCGCUGCGCCUGGACUUGAACAGCCGCGGUACGAGCGGGAGGGGACGGCGCAGGUCAUCACCAACCAUAGCGCCUCGGCUAUGUCCACCAUCCAGCGCUGCAUCUUGACACAAGAGAGGUGCACUGUAGCGGCCAUCCGGAGCUGCGUCGAGUGGGAGCCAGAGACGUUCCCGCUGGUGCCGACGGUCAUCGGCAAGCCGGUCCUUCCCCUCGGCCUUCUGCCGCCGUCACCCGAGGGAGCCCGCCGUGCCGCCAGUGAGAACAGAGAGCACGCCACCGUGCGCUGGCUGGACGCUCAGCCGCCCAAAUCGGUGCUAUACGUGGCGCUGGGGAGCGAGGUGCCGCUGAGCGGCAAGCAGGUGCACGAGAUUGCUACCGGACUGGAGCUCGCCGGGACAAACUUUCUCUGGGCCCUGAGGAAGCCCAGAGGCGCCUCCGACCUCGACGCCGACAUGCUUCCUCCCGGCUUCCAGGACCGCACUCACGGCCAGGGGCUGGUGACCACGGGGUGGGUUCCCCAGAUGAGCAUACUGGCGCAUGGCGCUCUUGGCGGGUUCCUGACGCACUGCGGCCGGAACUCGCUCAUCGAGAGCCUCCUGUUCGGGCACCCUCUCGUCAUGCUGCCAAUCUUCGGCGACCAAGGGCCGAACGCGCGCCAAAUGGAGAGGAAGAAGGUAGGAUUGCAGGUGGCGAGGAAUGAGAACGAUGGGGCGUUCGACCGCCAUGACGUCUCGAGCGCGGUCCAGGCUGUCAUGCUGGAGGGAGAAACCAGGACCGCCUUCGUAGCAGGUGCAGCCAAGAUGCAGGAGGUUGUAGCUAACACGGACCUCCAUGAUGGGUACAUCGACAAAUUUGUAGAGCAGCUGAGAUCUUACACCGCUGCAAGUGCAAACUGAUCACAAAUUCACUACCGUUACUUUACUUCACCAAUGAGGAAAAACUAUAUGUGUUACACAGUAAGGAUUUGUUUGUGCAGUUGAGUUACAUUCCUCUUUUU